AUGGAAUGUACCAAUAACAUCACUAAAUUUAUACUGUUAGGACUUUCCCAGAACAAGAAAAUUAAAAUUCUGUGCUUCCUCCUGUUCUUGUUUUGUUACACAGCUAUUUGGGGGGGAAACAUGUUUGUAAUGAUAUCUAUCAUUUUCAGCAAGCUAAACGAACAACCAAUGUAUUUCUUCCUUAAUUACCUUGCUUUGUCAGACCUGUGCUAUACGUCCACUGUGACUCCCAAGCUUCUCACUGGCCUUCUCAAAGAAAGGAACACGAUUUCUUAUACCAGCUGUAUGGCUCAGCUUUUUACCAUGCAUUUCUUUGGGGGGAUUGAGAUACUUAUCCUCACGGUAAUGGCAUAUGACCGCUACGUAGCCAUCUGCAAGCCCCUGCAUUACACCAUCACCAUGAGCAGGUGGAGGUGUCGUGCCAUGGUUGCUGCUUGCUGUAUUGGUGCUUUUAUACAUUCUUUCUUCCAGAGUGUUCUUGUUAUCAGCCUUCCCCUUUGUGGCCCCAAUGAAAUGGAUCACUAUUUCUGUGAUGUUUAUCCCUUGUUGUCACUUGCCUGCAGCAAUACAUACAAAGUUGGACUUCUGGUGGUUGCCAAUUCAGGCAUGAUGGGACUGGUGACCUUCAUAGUCUUGAUAUGGUCGUACUCUUUCAUAUUAUACACUAUCAGGGCUUAUCCUGCAGAGAACCGUGGAAAAGCUCUUUCUACAUGCAGUUCUCAUGUCACAGUUGUUACUUUGUUUUUUGUGCCAGUACUUUUCAUAUAUAUUAGACCAUCUGUCUCUUAUCCAGAAGAUAAAAUUUUUGCUCUUUUCUACACAAUCAUCGCUCCCAUGUUCAACCCUCUGAUCUACACUCUGAGAAACAUGGAGAUGAAGAAUGUUCUGAGGCAAGUUUGGUGUCAUAAACUACUUUUCUUGUAA